UUCUUGUUUAUGGAUGGGUUCAACCUUUAAUUCUUGUUUAUGGCUGGGUUCAACCUUUAAUUCUUGUUUAUGGAUCGGUUCAACCUUUAAUUCUUGUUAAUGGAUGGAUUCAACCUUUAAUUCUUGUUUAUGGAUGGGUUCAACCUUUAAUUCUUGUUUAUGGAUGGAUUUUUUCGGGAAAGCUUACAGGACUAUUGAAUUAAUUUCCACCCCCUGCUGAAAAGAUUUGUUCCCCCGGCGUAUGUAGGUGGAGUACCAAUAGACUCCUAUGCUGUUGAAUAUAAAGAAGCUAGAAGUGAAUGGACCCAGGCUAAACGUAGGGUUUGGCCGGCAGCUGAGGACGGGGAGUAUAUUGUUGAAGGCUUGUAUCCCUUCACCACAUAUGAUCUAAGAUUCUCCUGCAGAAACAGGGUUGGAUUUAGUCCCUGGGGAGCUACCACUCAGAUAACAACUCCAAAUAGAGGAGCGCCUGACAAACCGUUGAUAAAUCGAGGACUGGAUGUGGAGGGCGGGGAGGUCGUUAUUGCGCCAGAACCAAACAAUUAUAUCCUCUCAUGGAGGAUGCCACAGGAUAAUGGAGUUCUAAUAGAUUACUACAGGAUUAUCUCAGCUCUGAUAAGAAAGGACGGUGAAACAGGGUGGACUACAGUUGGAAAAUCCCAGCAGACUGAAGUGCCUAAUAGAGGAACUGUAAGUUACACUUUGGAGAACCUCUACCAGAACUCAUAUUACAAUAUCAGUGUUGAGGCCCACAAUGAGAUUGGAUUCUCUCCAAAAGAUUUUAUUCUUAUUCGAACUAAACCAGGUGAAAAUGAUCCUGGAUCAAUGUCUGUACCUGAAUCCACAUCUCAGUUGUACUUGGGACCUAUUCUAGGCAUUGUACUUCUAGUUGCUAUUCUCCUUCUUCUUCUCAUCGAUCUUUCUUGCUGGAAGUUUAAUUAUGCUGGUAACUCAUCAUAGAA